AUGACCAUGGAAGACAACAUUAGCUGGUCCCAAUUGCUGAAGCACUCGAUCCUCACAGCUCAACAUGGGAAUGACAACAACCGAAUUGCAGCAGCAACAGGAACUUUGCAGCAAACGGCCCACCAAUUCGUCCAAGUGCUCAAUGAACGUGCCACGCUUUUAGCCAACAGUGCCCAGUUUGAUACAGCUUUACGUGAUGCAGCAGCCAUACGAGCCCUAUUACCAGGUUCAGGACUUGGAUACUUGUGUACAGGAGACAUCUAUUGUCAACAAGGCCAUUAUGCAGCAGCGAUUUCCAUAUACGAUCAAGGGCUUGAAGCAGUACCCGAAUCAGAUCCACAUCAUCAGCAACUCCAAUAUCAACGCGUGAAAGCCAUAGCCAACAACGAUAAACGCGUCGAUUUUAUCAGCCAAUUGCCACUGGAUAUUGUCAUCACCAACAUUAUACCCAGAGUGCAGCCCAAGUUCUAUUUUGAAUCAUCGUGCAAGCUUCUUUACGUAUCACGUGCAUGGCAGAAUCGCAUCUUGCAGCAACCUAAUGGCUUACGAUUCAACUUUGGCAGUGAAACCAACACCUUCAAAAAGGGCCAUGUACAACUCCUCCAAUUUGCACCCUAUGUUCAAACCUUGCAUGGUUCUCUCUUGAACGUUCGUUUGGAUGAACUCUUUUCUCGAGCACGCUUUUCCACUUUAAAGAAACUCGAUAUAAGAUGUGCUCCUACAACGCCUCGUCUUCCAAUGAUCCAUGGCCUACGAAUGAUUGCUGAUUCUCUUACCCAUUUGACCCUGUAUGAGUGCCCAUUUCUUCAAUUACGUGAUAUCCUGGAGACGUGUCACAAUCUUGUGUCUCUGAAAACAAUGCAUGUGAAUGCAAUUAUGCCGUUAUCGUCUUCAUCAAUUUAUCCCAAGAUGACGCACCUUGCACUGUACUCGUUAUCAGACACCGAAGUCGCCCAUGGCAAUAUGGUGGAUAUCCUUAGUCGAUUUCCUUCUUUACGGGUACUUGAAAUUUCGCCAAUGCCCUCCUCAAGUAUCUUGUCUAUUCUACAUCAACAUUGCCCUCAUCUACAAAUGCUGUAUUAUGGAAUCAGCAGCUGUUUCUCAGACGACACCAUUGAGUUGCAUCCAAAUCGGAAAGGACUCGCAUUGGCGUGUAUAGGAGCGAAUGAAGGAGACAUCGUUCGACAAGACGAUUUGGUUGGGUUACUGCAUAUGCAUAUCGAUUCACUGGAGAAGUUUGAAUUCCGCGGCACAAUGGAUGUAGACGGUUCUUAUUGGAAAUUCGAGAAUGGACGAGUGCAAGUACAGCAGCAGGCGGAUAAUGAUGAUGAUCAAGUUGAUGUUCCACUACAUGGAAGCGACCCAACUCUGCCAGGGACCUUUUUCAUGAGAUUGACCAGCAUGCUGUUUUCGGGUACUAGGCGAUCUUUAAGUCAUGGAUUCAUGUUGUGGAUGGUAUCAAACGCUCCGUAUCUCAGCGCCAUCAGUCUCCUCAAAUGCUAUUUUCAACCCGAUAUCGCAAACGCCAUGAUCAAAGCAAAGCAUCUUUCCAAAUUAGAGAUCUUUCAUUCACUUGGAUAUGAGGGCAAUGAAGGCAUCAAGCGGUUCUUGGAUUAUCAUAUUGCAAUGGGAGAUGGAUCAACACUUGAAGAGGUCAUUAUACGCAUGGUAAAUGUGGAUACGACUGUGGCCCUAUGGAUACGAUUAUUGUCGCGGUUGAAGUGUCUCAAGAACCUCAAGUUACUCGUGUUAAGGAUUUCUGAAGAUUGCAUACCUGUCAUGGAGGAGAUAGGUCAAGGCUGCCCCGCUCUAAAAGAGGUUACCCUUGGCCAUGCUGAUUCCGAGUUGGCUCAUGGCCUUAUCAAGCCCUUGUGCAAACAUCCAGAUAUUGAAAGCCUUAGGAUCGGCACUGGACCUUUAUCUCACGAGGACCUUAUGGAUCUAUGCGCGUUCAACAAUUUGAAACAACUCCAACUCCAAUUCACUGUUGCAGACCGUACGCUUAAGAUGUUACGGGAUCAUAUCCACAAAGUCGAGAUUACUUGA